AUGACGACGCCUCUGGUUGCGCCACCGCGGCUGCAGUUGCUGCAGGCUACUCAGGAUCAUGCCGCUGUCACUUCGUACGAAACCUCUCCCCCUCCCUCGCAAGAGAUGGACGAGGACGCGGAGGACUUCGGCCCGUCCAAUAAUGCAAAGCGUUUUCGUUCGUCCGACGAUAGUCUUAAAGACGCAGACACGAGUCUCCAGGCUUCAUGGGCUUCGCGAGAGCCGGACGCCACUGACUUGGAGGGAAUUUGGGAAAAGGCUACAACGAGAACCCAGCGCCGAGCGCAACUCAAGGCAUCGGGCCAACCCCUACCCACCACAAGCCGCAAGGAACGUGUAACUCUCGGCACCCAUGUAAUCAAGAUACAGCCCACAGAAAGAUGCGACGUAUUGGGCUUAGACCCAGAAGAGCUGAAGUCCGUUAUCAGCUCCUUCGCCGGUGACCCCAAGUUGCUCAAACAUCAGAUACUGAGGGUGAGCAAACUCUCUAAUACCAUCGUCGUUACUACGUGCGACUCCACGCAGGCCACGCAUCUCCUCCGUAUGGGUGUGUUACCUUUGCGAUCGAGACCACCACUCCCGGUGCGUACGCACCAAGUUCCCACGGACGGUAUCUCCCGGGGAGUAAUCCAUGGCUGCAAACCCAACGAACCCACGGCUAAGCUUCUAGAGGCGCUGUACGCCGACGGAGUGGAUGUCCUGACGGCCCGGCCUAUGGGCUCCAAAGGUACACUCCUCAUCCACUUUGCAUCUCCGCAUCCGCCACGCGAAGUUAUGUAUUGGAGCUUCCCGAGAAGGGUGGAAUGCUACGAACAGCGAUCUCUCGUGUGCCCGCGCUGUCACCGCCCGGGACAUAAAGCCACCAGCUGCCCGAUUAACCAGCCGGUCUGCAGCAACUGCGGAAAACAACACGAGCAACCCCCGGAAGCCUGCCCGAAUGGCGAGGCCAAGUACUGCGGUCAUUGUAAACAGGAUGGACACGUGGCUACUGAUCCCUCUUGUCCCGCUCGAGCUCAAUUCGCUCAGCGCGCGAAACAAAGGGAAGGAGCCAAACAAGAAAGACUGGCACGGAGCCGCUCGCGCAAGCGCAGGCAGCGAUCCAAGCAACCCUCUGGCACCACUAACUCACGUCGCGGUUCCAAGAGUACUACCUCCCAGCUGCGCGGGUCGAGCAAGGUUCAGAUCCAGGAUCCGCUCCACUCCUACGCCGAUAUAACUGCGAGAGGUCUCAAGGGCGGUCGCAGCCCAAAUGCACGCCAGAUGCUUGAGACACUCCAGGUCGAGCAAGACCGCGAUCAAGCCGAUUUCGAUAGCACUAUGAAACGUCUGGAACAACAACUGAAAGAAAUUCAGCGUACAAUGGAACAAGUCAAGUGCAAACGCAAUCAACGGCAGAAAUCACGAGCAGAUCGGCUCCAGGCGCUGCACUUUGAAGUUGAGGAAGAAGAGAGAUUGGAAACCGAGCUCCUUGAGAAAACCAACAUGGACCCAGCCUGCACCAGCCGCAACCAACCUCCACUGAACAGCAGCUCGGCGCACCCACCGCCUGAGCGUCCUCCCGACCUCCUGCAGUGGCACUGCCGCUCGCUACGUCAGAGCGCUGCCGAGCUCGUCGAGCUCUUCCGCCUAACCGGAAGGCCGGCGGCGCUUCUGCUGCAGGAGACACGGGGGAUGAGUCCGGGCAUCUCGGGCUUCAACGGAUACUUCCAACCAACGAUUGAACACGGACUAAGAGGCGGAUCAAGUGACACAUCUCAGACCAUUGAAGCACAAGCUGCGGUGUUUGUGCGCAAGGGCCUCCCACAGGUACAAAUAGAUACGACGGCUUACUGCAACCCGUUCCAGGAGGUGGUGGCGGUUCGCUGCACGCUUGGACGUCACCGGGUCAUCCUAACCUCCUGCUACGCGAGACCUGAGUCAAGCUGUUCCAGGCGCGGCCACGCUGGACAAGCCGGCUUCCAAUGGCUGAUGGACCUCCGGCAGCGCUACCCCCGUGACCGCCUGCUCGCGGCGGGCGAUUUUAACGCGCACCACCCGGACUGGGGGUACUCGAUUGCUAACGCCAGGGGCGCGCGGCUAAAGGAGGCAGCGGAGUUGGCGCACCUCACUCUGGCCAACGACCUCGACUACCCAACGCGCCACGGACUGCACGAGGGACAGCGAGACACCACCCCGGACCUGACCUGGGCAGACUCCCGACUGGUGACCGACUGGCGGUGCGGACCGGACCCUAUGGGGUCCGACCACUAUCCCAUCUGGCUGGAGCUCUCAACCGGCGGCAAAGCAGGGCGCAGACGUUUAACUCAGGCUAUCGACUGGGACGCCUUCCGAAAGGCGGUGGCCACGUGCGAAGACGCGGUUCCCGUAACCGCAAAAUUACUGAGGGCAGCGCAAGCGGCCACGCGAAACCUGGAGGUGGAAGACCAAGACCCGGUUCCCGACAAACAUCUAAUCAACCUGUGGGAAGCACGCAAGCGGCUCCACAAGAUAUAUCUUAACAACGGCAAACGAUUCAAGGACCUAGUGCGUUUGCGCAACAAGACGGCACAGGCACGUAGAUAUGCCAAACGCCUGGCUCGCUCGAGGUGGCUUGACCACUGCGCGACGUUUGACGAACGAACUGGCACCCGCAAGCUAUGGCGCGCCCACAGAGCCUUGACCGGCAAGACCAAGGCGCCCAACACUGCUCGCAACAUCCAGCUAGCCACCGACCAAACUCCGGAGCAGUUUGAGGAAGCGGCCGCCAAGGCCUUUUUCCCACAACCUGCUAACGAUCCGGACCUGUGCCUGUACGAACUGCAACCGCCGAGCAACACAGAACAAGACGCCCCGUUCACGAUUCAAGAAUUGACACUGGCCUUGGACUCUAGUCCGGAUCAAAUACAGAACCUCCGACCAAUCUCACUUACAUCUACGCUAUGCAAGCUACUCGAACGGAUGAUCCUUACGCGACUCACUUAUGUCUUGGAAGAAGCCAGGGACGACCCUUACUACGACGCUGCGCAGACUGGUUUUCGCCCCGGACUGUGCACCCACGACAGCCUACACCUCCUCCGAAACUUUGUGGGUAAGAGGCGCCGAGGAACCAACAAGGUACCCGGACUCCUGGUGGCAGUGGAUCUCCGGAAAGCUUUUGACACCGUCGAGCAUUCGGCAGUGAUCGAGGAACUCGAAGAGAGUGGCGCAGGCACCCGCAUAAUCAAUUUCGUGAAAAGCUUCCUCAAGAAUCGUACCUUUGAGAUCAGCUCGGGCGCCCAGCAACCCCGCAUGUUCCAGAAUUUCCGUGGAGUACCUCAAGGAGCCAUCCUUUCGCCGACCCUUUUCAACUUGGUCAUGAGAAAAAUAGCAAGAGUGUUGCGCGCCGUCCCACACCUUCAGCACACAACUUAUGCGGACGACAUCACCCUUUGGGUGGACCCCCGAAACACAAAGCUCGACACUAAAGAAACGGUCGAAACCAUGCAGACGGCCCUAGAUGCCAUUGACCAGUGCCUGCCAACUACGGGCAUGCAACCUUCCCCAGAGAAGACAGCCUUCCUCAUCGUCGGCGGUCUUGAGCACAACAGAGCUCAAAUACACCUGACCCUGGCCGGCCAGUCCAUUCAGCGCUCCCCCGAACGCUGGAUUCGCAUAUUGGGAGUCCCACUGCACGAACAAGGAGGAGCGCAAGAGUGGAUCAAGCAACUCAAACCCAAGUGGCGACAACAGCUCCAACUCAUUAAGAGAAUGGGCAACCGCCUCGGUGGCGCGGGCACGCGCACCAUCCGCUUGCUCACUCAAGCAGUCCUGACCUCAAAAGCCUGCUAUGGAGCCGCAUGUUUCGUCCUGACCAAGGCGCAGCUCAAACAGCUGGAAAUAUUGCAUCGUGAAUGCCUGCGUGCAAUCACCGGUCUCCCAAGACACACUAAGACGGAAGAGCUGUAUCGGUACUCGAAUCUUCCGACUCUACAAGCCAUCAUUGAGACCCGCGUUGCCGGCCAUCAGCGGCGCCGGACAUCGACUAGAGCCGGUCAACGUCUUCUGGAUUUACAGGGUUGGCGGCCUCCCGUAGGAGAGGCCCCGCCUCCGAAGAGCAUGCCACCAUGGGAGGACAUUAUGGUCAGAAACCCCAAGCCGCUCACUCGCAAACAACACCGCGAAGAACAUUCAGAAGAAAGAGCUGCACUUGCUGCGCGGGCAGACCUCGUGGAACACGCGGUCUUCACAGACGCCGCAUGGUGCCAAGAGACGAAGCGGGCCACACUCGCCUACGCUACUGGCCAGGACCGAUAUGCUCAGACACUUCAAUACGACAGCGAACCUAGCACGAGCCGCCUCGAACUGGAUGCAAUACACCUGGCACUAUCUCGAAUAAGAGAGACAUUCGACCCAGUGGACGUACCCACCCGUGUAACCGUCUUCACGGAUUGUAGGGAAGCCCUUGCCCGUCUGGGGAAAACUCCUCGCGAAGGGACGCUCUGCCAGCGAAUCAAGAGUCUGUGCUCGUAUUUGAAAAACACCAAAGGUAUUGAGGUGAGAGUGGACUGGGUCCCGGGACACGCGGGCGGCAUCGGCAACGAGGCCGCACACGCGUGGGCGAGCGAGCAAAAGGAAGACCGCUCCAACCCAGGGAUCUUCGUCCCCUUCGCGCCGCCGGACCCAGACCCCAUAGAGAAGAAAUCUGCGGCCCGACAAGAGGAUCAGCGUCGGCUGCGAGAUCAAACACCCUACAACCCGGCACCGCUACCCAAGGGUUUACCCAGAGGGGCACAAGUGUUAAUUCACAAGGCCCGCACCGGAGCUGCGCUCACCGAAGACAUACUCGCUCGGUGGCGUAGCUACAAACCACGGAGGGGCCGCCCACCCGACCAAGUGCCACCGGAAGGGUCCGAGCCCGCUGCACUUGUCGUCUGCACUACAUGCACCGCCGGCGUGUGCCCGACGAUCCGACACUUACUCUGGGAUUGUGCCGGCUUGCGAGACAAAAGAGCCGAACACCUGGGGCCUCACAUCGACACUUUAGAGGCUUGGAUCACACCGGUUAACGAGGCACGGGCCAGGGAGACGCUGAUCUCCCUAUGGGAGUUCGCGCGCUCGACAGGAGUGCACCGCCGAAUGUAAAGUUUUCCUACCUAUGUUCCCCUUCCCCCAAUGAGGCCAUGGCGCCACCCUUUUUGAAA